CCUAUUGGAAUUUUUUAUCUGCAUAUACCCGUCACAGUCCAAAUCUUGGGCACAAACUCGCCAUCUCAAUCUCCCCUGAAGGAAAUCAAAGAAGCUCAACCAAGGAGAAAGAUAGAACGAAACCAUCAAACUAAAGAGAAAACAUACGACUCAGAACAAUCACCUAUAACGGAACAGACACAAUGGAAGCUUGAGAACUGCUUUUUCUUUGUUCUGUACCGUCGCCGAACCUCUCAAUUCCAUAUGAGCACCCCACGAGAAACAAUUUUAGCAAACAGAUGGUAGGGCCAUUGCUGAUCGAGGUCUUGAAAACUGAAAACCAAAAUCCAGAGAACGUAAAGAGAUGAAAAAGUUGUUAAGAAUCAUGGAUGAGGAAAGAAGUGUUGAAGGAAGCUUGGUCAAUGACAUCGAGAUUUCAAGUAAAGCAAGAAGGGCAAGCAAUCUUGGAAAUUCCGGAUCAUCAAAAAGGGAAGGUUCUGAUGCUGUGAUCAAUCAAAGUAAUCAAGGAAUACAAAUUGAUAUGCAAGCAACGGUCAACUGAAGCAAAUAAUAUAAAGCUGGGAUUCUGGGUAGAGAUAGAUAAUCUUUUUCAAGCAAAAUUCUCAACAAGAAAAAACAUAGUGUUUUCAUAGUAUAGUUGAGAAAGAAAAAGAACAGAGUUGUCAGGGAGAGAACUCAGGUUACUGAAUUGAGGUAUUAGGGUAGAGUAGUUGCAGGGAGCAAACUUUACAAUGAGAUUCUGAUCAAGUGACGGGGAGUCACUCUGAGAUCAAUUGGUGGUACUUUGUAAAACAAUCAACGAUCAAUAGUGGAUCGUCGUAGGUCUUAAAUCAGAGAUCCUUCGACCGUGGAUUAGUCGGUCUUAGGUUCAUUAAUCACCUAACACCGGAUACCACGUAAAAAUACUGUGUUCGUGUUUAUUUGUGUUCUUAUCUUGUUUCAGUUUAUUUCCAGUUCUUAUCAGUGUUCUUGGUUUAGUUCGUGUUUGGGUUCUUGUGAAGAACAGGUUUGAUCGACUUGCUUAAGGAGAAAAGAAGGAAACUGAGUCCUUAAAACGCAACGUACAAAUCAAGUUAAUUGGGCCAACUUAGACUGAUAGAUUGAGAACGAACCAAGCCCGAUUCAUCUCAAGAUUUAGUUCCUAUUUCGUUGUCGUUUUGGUAAACACGAAAGGGAAGUCAUUCUACCCCUUGUAUCGAUUUGUUCUUCAGUUUACCCUAUUCUCUUCACUUGUUCUUGUCAAAACCAAAAAUAGGGUUCUACAGAGCUUCAAUCAAACUAAAAGAAGAAGGGAUCUUCGCCGGAGUCUCGCGCUCGACUCAAUCUACACGUGGUAUCAGAGCCCGGCUCCGACAAAAGAGGCUUAGUCACCUUCGGAGGAGAUGAGUUCAAGCGCAAACACUGGAGCGAUCUUUAUGGCGAUGGAUUCUCUCAGACAAGACCCCCGAGAUUCGAAGGAGUGCACUACGGGUACUGGCAAAACCGAAUGGAACUCUUCAUUGGGUCCACCGAUCCAGAUCUUUCGGAUAUCAUUCUCGAUGGACCGUGGGAGGUCAAGGGAGUUCGUGGAAAAUGGUCAGACACAGACAAAAAAAAACUAUCAGAUGAACUCCAAAGCCACAAACUUGUUGUACUGCGCACUGGGACCAGAUGAAUAUCAUCACGUCACUGGGUGUAAAUCAGCAAAAGAGAUUUGGGAUAAACUCCAGAUAGCACAUGAAGGUACGACACAUGUGAAAAUUUCCAGAAUCAAUAGCUUGAAGCAAGAAUUUGAGUCAUUUUUCAUGAAGCCUGAAGAAUCGGUCAAAGAGAUGAAUGAAAGGUUUACGACGAUUGUCAAUAGCCUGAUGAAUUUGGGAAUCAUAUACAAAAUCAGUGAUCUUGUCAGAAAGGUGCUAUGGGCAUUGCCUAAGAAAUGGACGCCAAAGGUCACCGCAAUUGAAGAAUCAAAAGACCUCACAAAGCUCAGCCUUGAUGAGCUCAUGGGAUCCUUGAUAACUCAUGAAGAAAAACUGAAGAAAGAAGAAGCUGAAGAACCAAGGAAGGAAAUGCGGAGCAUAGCCUUCAAGACAACAAUUCAGGAUGAAGAUUUUGACAGUCUUGAUGAGAUGGAAGAUGAAGAACUAGCUAUGUUAAGUAAACACGUAGCCAAGCUAAUGAGGCUGAGAAAAGAGAAGAGACGAGGAGGACUAAUAAAUCGUUCCAGAGAAGGGGAAGAUCAAACCAAAUUCAAUCAAUCAGUGUCUAAACUAAGAAAAGAAUGAGCUACAACUGAGAAGCAGUCACCACAAGCUGGAUGUUUCAAAUGUGGAAGACUAGGUCACAUAAAGGCUGAAUGCCCAAUGAUGAAAAAGGAAAAGGCAUACACGACAACCUGGAGUUGCAGUGAAGAAGAAGAGGAUUAUGAUGAAGCGAGACACACUGCCUACAUGGCAUUGGAAAUGAGUGAUGAUGACUCCAAAUCACCUCAGGUAAGUCGUCUUGACUAUUAUUCUGAUGAUUAUAGUGAAACAGAAGAAAUGAUUGAUACAAUUAAAAACAUUCAAGAAGAAUUUGAAAAUGUUAGACUUAAGCAUGCUAAGCUGAAGAAUGAAUUUCUACGCAUAAACAGUGUAUGUAAUAUGUUGAAAGAAGAAAAGCAGAAUGUUGAAAGUCAACUAAAACAGUGUUUGCUUGAAAAUGAAGCUCUUAAAGCUGAUCUUCUAAAUCUAAAAGGAGUACAGAACACUACAAAUUGCAAGUGUGGCGAGGAGUGUCAUUCUAGCAUUAGAAGAUGGGUCAAUAAUAAAUCAUCAAAUGCUAAAACUAAUCGUGUCACAGAGAAAAGAAAGUCAACAGUUGUCGAGUGUUUCUAUUGUCAUAAGGAAGGUCAUUACAUUGCUAACUGCAGAAGAAGAAUUGCAAAAGAAAGCAAGAAGUGUCAUAAAUGUGGUAGUCUAGGACACUUAAAGAAACACUGUAACAAAACACAGAUAGUAUCCAAACAGGUUUGGAUACCAAAAAUCAAGUAAAAUCAUGAUUAUGCAGGUCUGUCUCCAAGUGAGCAUGGAUGACAGUGAAUGGAUCUUGGACAGCGGCUGCUCACAUCACAUUACAGGUAUUCAAGAAUUAUUUUCAAAACUUACCCUAGGAAAGAAAGGCAGAGUCUACUUUGGUGAUAAUUAUAGCACAAAUAUUCUAGGGAAGGGUUAGGUAGGAUCGAAUCCGUCAAUUAAAAAUGUCAUGUUAGUUGAAGGUCUUAAACAUAAUUUGUUAUACAUAAGUCAAAUGUGUGGUACCAAGAAUAGAGUAGUCUUUGAACCUAAUUCCUGCUAUGUUGAAAAUAUUUUGAGUAAACAGAUUUUGUUCACUGGAAAAAGAAAAGGAAAAUUGUUUGUCAUAGUUUUAAGGGUAAAUACAAUUUAAUAUCCAAAUAUUUCAUUUUAAACAAUAUAAUAGCCAAACCUUUUCGAAAACAAUCUAAUAUCCAAAUCGUCAACUUUCCGUUCGUUUGACCGUUAGUUGACACUUCAAAAAAACUUUGUUUAGGGGAAAUUGUCACAAUACAACUUUGUUUCUUGUUUUGGCAUUGCAGAUGACUGAAUAUUUUGAUAUUCUAUACCAUCAUGGUGGAUUCCUGGACUUCUCGGGUUUGGAACUACGAUAUGUUGGUGGUUUUUCAGAGAAGAUAUUGAUGGAUAUUGAUCAAGUGUCGUACUUCAAACUUUUUUGAAGUGUCAACUAACGGUCAAACAGACAGAAAGUUGACGAUUUGGAUAUUAUAUUGUUUUCGAAAAGGUUUGGCUAUUAUAUUGUUUAAAAUAAAAGGUUUGGAUAUUAAAUUGUAUUUACCCUAGUUUUAAAUGAUAAAACGUCAUUUAAUGAAACUUGCUUGGUGACUGUGGAUAAAAAUGACCAAAUGGAAUGGCACAGGCGAUUAGGACAUGUGAGUGUAGAAAUUUUGUCAAGAUUAGUAAACCUUGGACUAGCUAGAGGUAUUCCCAAAAUUCAUGGUAAAAAGGAGUUCUUUUGUGCAGCUUGUGCAAAAGGCAAACAUGCUAGGUCAUCUUUCAAAAGCAAGUAUAUAAUUUCAACUAAAAGGCCUCUAGAACUGUUACAUAUGGAUCUGUUUGGACCUACAAAUAUCAAAAGUCUUGGUGGGAAACAAUAUGCUUUUGUUAUUGUGGAUGACUAUUCUAGAUACACUUGGGUUCUGUUUCUUGCGUCAAAAGAUGAAACAUUUGAAAACUUUAGAGUUCUUUCUAGAAAACUUGAAAAUUAAAAAGGAUAUAAAAUUGUCAACACUAGGAGUGAUCAUGGAGGGGGAAUUCCUUUCUGAUAAAUUUAACUUCUUCUGUGAGGAAAGUGGCAUUUCUCACAACUUCUCAGCUCCUAGAACUCCUCAGCAGAACGGAGUGGUAGAAAGGAAAAAAUAGAAAUUUGAUAGACAUAGCUAAAACCAUGUUGAAUGAUUACGGACUAGCAAAACAUUUUUGGGCAGAGGCAAUUAAUACUGCCUGCUAUGUGACCAAUAGAGCCUUAAUUCGUACUAAACUAAAUAAAACCUCAUAUGAACUAUGGAAAGAAAGAAAACCCAACCUGGAAUACUUCCAUCCAUUCGGAUGCAAGUGUUUUGUUUUAGAUACCAAGGAUAAUCUUGGUAAAUUUGAUGCUAAAUCUGAUGAAGCGAUAUUCUUAGGCUACUCAACAAACAGUAGAGCCUAUAGAGUAUUCAACAAAAGGACCCUCAAGGUUGAGGAGUCCAUAAAUUUUAUAUUUGACGAGUCUUCGAGUGAGUGUGCAGACAGUUUAGAUGACACAGAGGAUUUUGGUCUUGGAAGAACAAAUUCAGAAGACACACCAAGUGAGAUUGUUGCUGAAGAUGAUGACACAGAGGGAGAACUGAACAAGGAAAUAAGGGAAGGGGAACGUCAAGCUCCACCACACAUAAGAAAACGUCAUCCACCAACCCAGAUCAUUGGCGACAUAGAACAAGGUAUUAUCACUCGAUCCAGAACUUCUAAUGCUCAUACUGCAUUUGUAUCACUCAUGGAACCAAAGAAUGUUAAGGAAGCCUUAGAUGAUGAGUACUGGAAUGCAUCAAUGCAUGAAGAAAUGAACCAAUUUAAAAGAAACAAUGUAUGGGAACUAGUUCCAAAGCCUCAAAACAGAGUCAUCAUUGGAACUAAAUGGAUUUACAGAAACAAAUCUAAUGAAAUAGGGAAGAUCAU